AUGGCGCAUCGAAUCAUCGCCCAGAUCGUCCUCACCGGCGGACGAGUUUUCGGCAGAGCAUUUGCAGAGGCAUACAAGCAAGCCCAGGCAUCGACACAGUAUGCAAGGGCUGCUGCGAAAAGUGACCCGGGUGCCGUCAACACCGCCGCCGCUUCCGGCAUGACCCUCGACGAGGCCUGCAAAAUUCUGAACGUGAAGCCUCCCCAAGGUGGCGUCACCAACAUGGAACAGGUCAUGGAGAGGUUCAAAAAACUGUACGAUCUCAACGAGCCGAAGAAAGGCGGUGGUGGAUCCUUCUACCUCCAGAGCAAGAUUCUUCGCGCGAGAGAACGGAUAGAGAUGGAGGCUCGUGCCGCUGAGCACAAGGCCAAGUUGGAAAAAGAAAUCAAAGAAGGACGGUAA